GCGCUGCCUGUAUUAGAGGAUUCACAGCUCCUUGUAAAUCUGGUACUGCAGAUUUCAUUCGGUUGGAUCCUUAUGGCUUCGAAAAGGGACCAUGGAGAUGGAAGCGAGAGCGAGGCGUCUGAACCGACUUCGAAGCGGGUGAAGACGCAGACACCCAAGUCGCGACAACAGCAACAGAACUCUGGUAUGGACCCGACAUGGGGCCAGAAAUACGUCUUUUCAAACUACGGUGAUGCAACUACGAUACCAAAGGGGGAGGAGUCUGACUUUGAAGACGAUACCGACGCCAUGUCGUAUCUCAUGUCUGUCAGGUCACAGGCGAACGAAAUCCCACAUCUACUGGUCGCACCAAAGGUCUAUCUCGGGCCUCAGCUUCCCGCAGAACUUCAGCCCGCAGUCGACGACACAGCGGCCGACGACGAUACAGAACCAGACCGAACUAUAUACACAAAUGGAACAGGCGACUCCCGCGGCUGGUACGAAGAUGGUGCCUACAUAGCGCUACCAGAUGAGAACGAGGACGAGCAAGACAGCUCAUACUGGGGUCACGAGGAGGAACCGCAAGCCGAAGCACUUUGUGAAGCGUACUUUGAUUCUCUUAUGGAGCGCUAUCAAAAAUUACGAACAAUCUUGAAUAAACCAAUACCCCCAAACGCCAAGAAACAGCUUGAUUCAAAGCGCCCAACCGAAGCCGCUCCAUUCGGCCGAAAUUCGAACACGGUCAAGGUAUGGUCAAAUGUGCUGAGGAAUGAGGAUCCUCAUCCUCUUCAAGUGGCGCUCAUGUCCAAGGAUUCAGUGCUGCGCGUUCUUUCUGUAAUGUUAGGUGGAAAGUUCUUACGACGUGGUGAACCUUUAUCCGAACGUAUAAGCCAUUGGCUAUGGGCGCUGCUAGCAAGGUUGCCAGACCAAGGAGAGCUGAACUACUCUGAAAUAGGAUGGAUUCGAGACUUGGGUCGUCGUGCUGUCUUGCUCAGCAGAAGCCUUGCAGAAGUGGCAGCCUUGAGAGAAGAGUGCGCUGAGAAUGGCCUUGGCGUGAACGAGGGUGUGGACGGGAGUAUCAGCGAUGAAGAUGUCGCUCCUGAAGACGGUGCAGAACAAAAUGACGGAGACCAUUCCAAGGAGGGAGCGGAUCCAAUACCCAACAACGACGAGCCACCUCAUAUGGUAGACCAAGGUUCUAGCAGUGACAAUGAAGAUGAUAAGGAGGCUGCAAUGGAUCUUGAGUCGGACGCUGACGAGGGAGAAGUUAGCGAUGACGAUGAUGAAAGUGCUGCCCUAGUGGCGGCUGCGAAACAACGGCUACUUGACCAACUCGAGACAGCUGCCCAGGCAGAGGAGGAACAACAGCAUGCUAAAGCAGAGCAAAAGGAACAUCUGCAGAUGAACACGUUAGCAACGCUUUGCAUGAUCCUAACCGUUGCUGGAGAAUGCUACGGGCAGCGGGAUCUGUUAGAAUUCCGAGAACCGUUCGCCGGUCAGACCUGACACGGCUUGUACAACACAUGACUUCAUGGCAAGAAGAACACUGGCGCAUUGGGGAUUCUUUGCUUCUUACAUAUCACGGCGCAUUAGCACUUGUACUUUAAUCUAGAUGGACUUGUUUCA